AUGCGAAGUUCCCCGCCCGCCACGCCCCGGGCUCCCGGGCUCCCCUUCGCUUGCAGGGGCAAAGUCACCCUUUCCUUCUGCGUCCUUGCAGACACUCGGAGUUUCCUCCCGCAGGCCGACCACAGCGCCGAGGGGCGCUUCCUCCUGCCGGGUUUCUCCGACUGGCCCGCGCUGCAGCCCGUCCUCCUCGCCCGCGUCCUGCUCUGCUACCUCCUGAGCCUGGCGGGCAGCUCGACCCUCACGCUGCUGGCCGUGCGCGACCCGAGCCUGCACACACCCACGUGCUACCUCCUGUGCCACCUGGCGCUGGUGGACGCGGGCUUCACCACGAGCGUGGCGCCCGCGCUGCUGGCCAGCCUGUGCGGCGCCGAGCUGCGGCUGCAGCGCGCGGGCUCCGCCCAGCUGUGCACAUGGCCUGCGCUGGGCUCGGUGGAGCGCCCGCCGCCGGCGGUGAUGGCGCUGGACCGCGCGGCCGCCGUGCGCCACCCGCUGGCUGGGCGGCCCGGCCACCUCAGCUGGCAGAGCGCGCUGCUGGCCGCGCGGCCGCUCUGCACACCCCACCCGCGGGCGCUGCUGCCGCGGGCCUGCGGUGGCGGCCGCGGUGCCACCGAGCGCCGGGGGCUCGCUGCGCGCGCGGCCCUGCUGCUGCCCGCCGCCGUCCUCCUGGCCUCGUGUGGCGCCGUGGCCCGCGCCAUCUGGGGCCUGCUCCCGGGCGGCCGCAGGAAAGCGGUGGGCACGCGUGGGCCGCACCUGACCGCCGUCUGCCUCUUCUGUGGCUCGGCCAUGGACACCUGCCUACAGCCCACGCGCCGCCACGACCGGGCGCGGGGCAAGUUCGUUUCGCUCUUCUACACCGUGGUCACCCCGGCCCCCAACCCGCUCACCUGCACCCUCAGGAACGAGGAAGUGAAGGGGGCAGCCAGGAAGCUCCUGGGGAGUCUGGGGAGAGGGCAGGCUGGACGGUGA